GCUCUCUCUCUCUCUCUACGUUCCCGCUGCGCUGCGAUCUGGCGAUCGAUAAUGCACAGCUAGGAGUCCGUCUUCACCUCUUCCACUCUUCCUAUCAGGCAAAAGGGGCGCUUCCGCCCAGGAAUAAUCUUGGUAAGAACCAAGUGGACCUGGGGAGUUGAAGAAGAAAUUGAUCUUUUUUGCCCAGGCGUUUUAAUUGCAACUUACAAAGAUUCACUUGUGUCCCUUCAACAAUGAGGGACUCAGUGUCUAGACAUCACAAUGUGCAGCCCACAAGACGAUCUUCCAGACUCAAAUUCUUGCGUGAAGUAUAUGAGUCGGAUGUUAGAAGAGAGGAUGGAUCUACAGAUAUUCAGAAACACGUUAACAAGGCUGGUCCUGGUCUUACUAAGCGGAUAAAAAUCGAGAUGGUGGAAAAAGAAGAUGAAACAUUUUCAUUCAAAUCAGGCGAACAAGACAAAUCUUAUCCUUAUGGUACCUUUGAUGAUCAAAUUGACAUUCCUUUGAAGGAUCUGCGCAAAAGGUGCAGAAAUAAGACACAGAAGUUCCCAAAAGCUGUUUCUCCUCUAGAAGUUGUCCAUGAUGAUUACUCAAAUAAUGAUCAAUCUGUAGAACAAGAAGAGCCUGAUCUCGAGGAACCUAUUAUUAAGUUGAAGCAAAGACAUUUAAAAGGAUCUAUGGCACACAAUAAGCGAAGAAAAUCUGCAUCAGUGUCUUUGGAUCCUUUGGUUUCGACCUCUUUAUCAUAUCAACUCGCAGAUAUCAAACAAGGUUUUUUACUUGCUGUAAAAGAUGACACAGUAAACAAAGUGAAAGAUUCAGAGGACACCAUACAUCAAGACUUGAAAACAACCGGAGGGACACACUUCUUGAAAGAUGGUUCACCCAUUGUUUUAAAGGAAGAUCCUGUUGGCGCUGAAUCUCAUAGUAAAACUGAAGAUUAUCAUUCUGUCUCUGCUACCUCAACAAUUGGUUCGUUUCAGAAAGACUAUCAAUUAGCUUCUGUUGUCCAGCAGUCUCCAAACUCAAUACUCAGAAACACUAGUAAUAGCAAAUGCUUGACAGUUAGUUUCCCUGAAAGUCAUGGUGUUCCUGUGGAAUCUUUUGAACUUCCACGGGAUAUACCUAAUGAUGAUGUUUCUGAAAAGAAACAGCUUCCUCCCAUGCCUAGUAAAUCUCAAUUAUAUCAAGCCGGUGGAGAAUCCACAGACGAUAGUGAACCUGAAAACAGUAUGAGCAUUCAUGAUAUUGACAAAGAACAUAUUAGUUCAUUGCCAAACCAGAAUGAUAUUCCAUCAGUUUCACAAGACAUGAGAGUUUCUCCUGAUUGUUGCAAUGAGGAGGCCAUCUCUGCUCCAGUGGAGACUCAUCUUGCUAACAGGAGUGAAAAUGAGAAUCAAAGGACGUCCUUGCUGGAUGAAAUUACUCAUGGGAUUCAAGUGGAAGAGAAUAAUUCUCCUAGUAAGUCAACGUAUAUUCAGGUGAAAGAAGUGACCAACAAUCAUAACCUAGGAUGCAAAGAAGUAUAUGGAUUAGCAGAAAUAUUUUUGUGCGGGAAAGAAAAUCCAUGCUGUGAUUUAAUUAAUGAUGCAUCAACUGCAAAUUUACGGCAACCUGUACCCUUCUCACAGACGUGUUCCAUUGCAGUGAACAAGUUAUGUAGUGCGGUUGAAAGUUUGACUAAGGCGGAAUCUUUCUGUGAAGUGGAAAACAGUUUGAAAGAGCAAGUAGAGAAAAGAACUGAUUUCUCUUCGCAAGUUUCUAGUUUAACUACUUCAGAUGGAUUGGCCAAACUUAAUGUACAAUCUCUUGCAGUAGCUCCUCUGUCUGCCAAUCCAAGCAGUGUUCUGCAAUACACCAAUAAUAAUUCAGUGAAGAAUACAGACAACAUAAAUUAUGCAGUUCGGGAAAAGUUUGUUGCAACUUCAAAUCAAGAAACUAUGAGUUCAAUAUCUCUUGUGGAUGAAACAAGGAAUGAACAACCGGAAUGUGCUGAAGAGAUGUUGGAAGAUCAUAGUCCAAUAAAGUUGUUAUCAUAUAGGAAGACACUUUCUCCAACCUCUCAGGAAAAGCUUUGUCAAGUUUUGAGUGAUAUUGGCUUGCAAGAUGUCAGUCAAUUAACUGAUUCACCAGAAAAAAGUAAGAGGCUGUCAUUAGACAAAUGGACCAAUGUGAUGAAACCCUCAUGCAUUCCAAGUAAGAAGGAAGCUCAAUUGCUCAUGGACCAUGAUCAUACAUAUAAGAAGCAUUGGGAUUGUUCAAAUGGCACUCCAAUUGGGAAAAGAACUCUCAAGUUCCAGGAAAUUUCUGGAAAGAUGCCUUCUUGCAUGAUGCAUUCGACAUCUGACAUGCAUAUGGAGAAGGUUAUUGAAUUUUCACAGCAGCAGAUGCAUGACAUAGAGAGAAUUGCUACACAGCUCUUGAAGAAAUUGAAUACCAUGAAGACCAUUGUCGAAACAAAUGUCACUUUGCAAGCACCAUCUUCCCUAGAUGCAUCAUUUACUUCCGAAGAGAUAAAGGCAGCUGCUGAAGAUGUUUCUGAACUCGAAAAGACCACUAAGAAAUGGUUGUCUAUAAUGAAAAAGGACUGCAUUCGUUUCUGUAAAAUAAUGAGAUCGACAGAAAACAAAUCAACUGUUCCUGCCAACGGCACUCAGAAAAGGAGGAGAAUAACAUUUGCUGAUGAAGUUGGCGGCAAGCUCUGCCAUGUCAAAGUUUUCAAACAGCAACCACCAUCGCCAUCCACAGCACGUGAAAGCGAGCACGAGAUGGCUGGUUAGUAUCAAAAUGAAAGCCCCAAAAGGCAAUAGACUAGAAAAACCACUCAACCCCUGAAUUCUUUGCACAAAAGACCUCUAUA